CUUAGAUGCAGGUUUCUAUGAAUAGAAUAGUACUCUACUUUAUCUAUAUAAACCCUAGGAUAUAUCACAUGCUAAUCCUCACCCAACAUCCCUCAAACUAAACCACAUUCUGGCUAUGGCUUUCAGCAAAUCUUCUACUCUCUUCUUAGCCAUCAACCUCCUUUUCUUUGUAGCCACAAAGGCAUGCUUCACUUGCCACACUCCAACCCUCCCUGCGCCUGAAACAACAACUACCCCCAAGGGCAAUUGCCCUAGGGAUGCCCUGAAAUUAGGGGUGUGUGCUAAGUUGCUUAAUGAUUCCAUUGGGACUGUCAUCGGGAACCCGCCAGACCAUCCUUGCUGCUCAGUCCUUGGCGGCCUUCUCGACCUUGAAGCAGCAGUCUGCCUUUGCACUGCUUUGAAAGCCAAUGUUCUUGGGAUUAACAUUAAUAUCCCUAUCUCACUUAGCUUGCUUAUUAACACUUGCGGCAAAGACCUACCCAAGGACUUCAUUUGUGCCUAAAAGUGGGAGAAAUUAGAUGAUGAAAUCCCUUGGGCCCUUUUUUCCAUGGAAGAGCAACAUUAUCCAGGACUUACAUUUUUCUUAAGCCGUUUCAUUUUCCAUUGUGAUUUCCCAGUUCCACUUUCGUAGCAUUUCUUUCUCAGCUCAGUUAGAUGUUUGUUGAGAUUUCAAUUAGGAUCAAUUGUUCAUGUCAUUGUAGUAUUUUGAUUCUAUAAAUGUAUUGUACUCUUUCAUUAAUCAAUGUGAUAAAUUGAUUUUCUGGAGCU